AUGCGGGGCGGAACGUCGGCUCUGCGGGUUUCCAGCGGCGCCCUCUACCCGCAUCUGCAGCAUUUCAAGGCCCGGAGUAGCAGGGGCAAGGAUGGGGCCCCAGGGCGCAUUUUCCCCCGAAAACUCCUAACCCUGCCGCCCGCUCCUCUCUGCCCGCCAAGCCCGCACGGCCUGAUUGUAAGUUGCAACCGGACUAGCGUGCCCGUCCUUGCUCUCUAUUUCAUUGCAACCGCAUCAUCGCCUCUCAGACCCCCUCGGAGCUCCCGGAGGGAAACGCGAAAAAGGAAGCCUUUGGGACCACCUUCUGCCUCCCCUCCACAAGCCUUUGGCCCAGGCUCCAACUCUGCGAGCCCCUCGCCCUCUUUUGAGUGCUCAGAAUCUCCUCCUCCUCCCUACUCCCUCCACCCCCUCAGAACCAAGAAAGCAGCAGGAAACCCUGGACUCGCCGGAGUUCAGGUCAUCUCCUGUUUUUUGAUGGGCUCAAACUCCGGCUAA